CAUAAAAAAUCAAAACUUGUUAUCAGGAAAAAAAGAACGAUAGAAAUUGAUGGUGACAACAAUGGAAGUUCCAAGUUAGCAGAAGAAUCAAAAGAUCCAGUCAACACAAACCAAUAAUACCUAAACAACUUCUACUGGGAUUGUGGGCACAUGGGUUCAUUGAAUAACAAUCACAUGGUGUGAAAUCAAAUCUCAUCAAUCAGUAAGUCGAAUGAAGAGUGAUAAAUCUUACUCGUACAAAAGGGGUUAGAUGGUGAUGAGGUGAACGUGGAGGGUGGAGGAAGACGUAAGAGGAAACGAUAUGGUGGUCUGGCGUGUCGGUGAUGAAGUUCACGUCUAUUACUACUACCAUUAUUAUAAAUUAAAAACUGGGACCGGAAACCUCAAGAAAUGGGCGAUGACGAUGAGGAUUAUAAAGGCGUGAAGGAAAAGGGAAAGUGGGUUGGGACUUUCUGAAGAAGAGUAAUGAGUUAUCAAGAAUGUUAGUUGCUGUUGUGAAGUGGGUUUGAGUUUCAGUCCGACAUUCAGGUGAUGGCGCAGCAGCAAGAGCAACAAUAUCGGGAAGACCGAGGAGACGAAAUAUUUCAAUCCAAUAUAAUUCAUUCCACUUUAGCUUUGGCUUUAUGGCUGGGAGCUAUCCAUUUCAAUGUCUUUCUGGUGGUUGUCUCCUUCCUUUUCUUCCCUCUCUCUAUAUCACUUAUCGUGUUUGGAUUGCUAUUGGUCUUUAUGUUUGUGCCCAUUGAUCAGCAUAGCAAAUUUGGCAAACGCUUGUCCAAGUACAUCUGUAAGCAUCCAUGCAGUUAUUUUCCAGUCAUUCUUCAUGUUGAGGAUUUCAAUUACGUUUUUGGUUAUGAGCCUUGUUCAGUUUGGCCAACAGGGGUCGUUUCACUUGCUGACCAUACAGGGUUCAUGCCUUUCCCAAAAAUAAAGGUCGUUGCUAGUAGCGCUGUAUUUUACACACCAUUUCUGAGGCAUACACGGACAUGGUUGGGCCUCACACCAGCAACAAAGAAAAAUUUCACUUCUCUGUUGGCUGCCGGUUAUAGUUGCAUCAUAGUGCCUGGUGGAGUACAAGAGGCAUUUCACAUGGAGCGUGAUUCAGAGAUUGCCUUUCUUAAGACAAGAAGAUGGUUUGUUUGCAUAGCCAUGGAGACGGGCCAAACCCUAGUUCCAGUUUUUUGUUUUGGUCAGUCAUAUGUCUAUAAGUGGUGGAAGCCAGGUGGGAAGUUGUUCCUCCAGUUUGCUAGACCCAUCAAGUUUACCCCGAUUUACUUCUGGGGACUUUUCGGAUCUCCUAUACCCUAUCAACAUCCAAUGCAUGUAGUAGUGGGCAAGCCAAUAGAACUGAAGAAAAAUCCACAACCUACCAUGGAAGAGGUGAAUGAAGUACACAAACAAUUUGUUGAAGCACUUCAAGAUCUAUUUGAAAGGCACAAAGCAGGGGUUGGCUAUCCUGAUCUUAACUUAAAAGUUCUUUGAUCAGAUUGUAGUUUAUUGUAUUCAAUGAGCCAAGGAAGAAAGUAGAAGUUAAACUGUCCUAAAAAGUAGUUGAUUUGAUAUAUCAAAUGAUGGUGUGUGCCUUCACUGAUGCUUUGGAACGAGGUUAGAGUGCACACAUAACUUUUCCAUAGUUGAUCUGAUAAGAUUGUAAAUACUUAGUGUGGAUAGUCAUCUUUGUCUACCACGUUAUAACUAAAGCAGUGAACUUGAAUUCCAGAAA